CGGAGCCGGGCGCCGCGCAGUUUUCUGAAGAGGCAGGAUGCUGAUCUAGACGUGGAAAAAGACCAGUCCUGCCGCUGUUUCAGAAGACAUGUGGUGCAUAUAAAGUUUGUGGUAGUUGGAGGAAAUUUUAGAAUUUAGAUAAUGGGCUGUGUGCAAUGUAAGGACAAAGAGGCAACAAAACUGACGGAGGAGAGGGAUGGCAGCCUGAACCAGAGCUCCGGGUACCGCUAUGGCACAGACCCCACCCCACAGCACUACCCCAGCUUCGGCGUGACCUCCAUCCCGAACUACAACAACUUCCACGCGGCGGGGGGCCAGGGCCUCACCGUCUUUGGAGGGGUGAACUCCUCAUCUCACACGGGGACCUUGCGUACGAGAGGAGGCACAGGAGUGACACUCUUCGUGGCUCUUUACGACUAUGAAGCACGGACAGAAGAUGACCUGAGCUUUCACAAAGGAGAAAAGUUUCAGAUACUGAACAGCUCGGAAGGAGACUGGUGGGAAGCCCGCUCCUUGACAACUGGCGAGACCGGUUACAUUCCCAGCAAUUAUGUGGCACCAGUUGACUCUAUCCAAGCAGAAGAGUGGUACUUUGGAAAACUUGGCCGCAAGGAUGCCGAGCGACAGCUUCUGUCCUUUGGAAACCCAAGAGGUACCUUUCUUAUCCGAGAGAGUGAAACCACCAAAGGUGCCUACUCACUUUCCAUCCGUGACUGGGAUGAUAUGAAAGGAGACCACGUCAAGCAUUACAAAAUCCGCAAGCUUGACAAUGGCGGCUACUAUAUCACCACCCGGGCCCAGUUUGAAACGCUCCAGCAGCUUGUGCAACAUUACUCAGAGAGAGCUGCAGGUCUCUGCUGCCGCCUAGUAGUCCCCUGUCACAAAGGGAUGCCACGGCUUACCGAUCUGUCUGUCAAAACCAAAGAUGUCUGGGAAAUCCCUCGAGAAUCCCUGCAGUUGAUCAAGAGACUGGGAAAUGGGCAGUUUGGGGAAGUAUGGAUGGGUACCUGGAAUGGAAACACAAAAGUAGCCAUAAAGACUCUUAAACCAGGCACCAUGUCCCCGGAAUCGUUCCUCGAGGAAGCACAGAUCAUGAAGAAGUUGAAGCACGACAAGCUGGUCCAGCUGUACGCGGUGGUGUCUGAAGAGCCCAUCUACAUUGUCACCGAGUAUAUGAACAAAGGAAGUUUACUUGAUUUCUUAAAAGAUGGUGAAGGAAGAGCUCUGAAGUUACCCAAUCUCGUGGACAUGGCAGCACAGGUUGCUGCAGGAAUGGCCUACAUCGAGCGCAUGAAUUAUAUCCACAGAGACCUGCGAUCAGCAAACAUUCUAGUGGGGAAUGGACUCAUUUGCAAAAUUGCUGACUUCGGAUUGGCCCGGCUAAUUGAAGACAAUGAGUACACAGCAAGACAAGGUGCAAAGUUCCCCAUUAAGUGGACGGCCCCCGAAGCAGCCCUGUACGGGAGGUUCACAAUCAAGUCUGACGUGUGGUCUUUUGGAAUCUUACUCACAGAGCUGGUCACCAAAGGAAGAGUGCCAUACCCAGGCAUGAACAACCGGGAGGUGCUGGAGCAGGUGGAGCGCGGCUAUCGGAUGCCCUGCCCGCAGGACUGCCCCAUCUCUCUGCAUGAGCUCAUGAUCCACUGCUGGAAAAAGGACCCUGAAGAGCGCCCCACUUUCGAGUACUUGCAGGGCUUUCUGGAAGACUACUUUACCGCCACAGAGCCGCAGUACCAGCCUGGAGAGAACCUGUGAGAGCCGGCUCUGCAGAGGCCUUGUCCCAGAGGCCCCCACCCCUACCCAUUAGCUUUCAGUUCUGUAGCCAGCUGCCCAGCAGCGAGAACCGUCCGGGAUCAGAUUGCAUGUGACUCUGAAGCUGACGAACUUCCAUGGCCCUCAUUAAUGACACUUGUCCCCAAAUCCGAGCCUCCUCUGUGAAGCAUACAGACAGAACCUUGUUAUUUCUCAGACUUUGGAAAAUGCAUUGUACCGAUGUUAUGUAAAAGGCCAAACCUUUGUUCAGUGUAAAUAGUUACUCCAGUGCCAACGACCCUGUGCUUUCCUUUUUUUAAAAUGCAAAUCCUAUGUGAUUUUAACUCUGUCUUCACCUGAUUCAACUAAAAAAAAAAGUAUUAUUUUCCAAAAGUGGCCUCUUUGUCUAAAACAAUAAAAUUUUUUUUCAUGUUUUAACAAAAACCAA